UAAUUGUACACCCUUGCGCACCAUACUUCAAGAAAAUGGCUGCUUUGCGAAAUAAAAAAACAACUGGGUUACUGUUAUGUGAUGCUUUUGCGAGAUAGAAACAACAAACGACAAUGUUAGGAUGUGGUUAUACUUCAAAUAAUAUCACGCUGAUGGAUUAUUGGAGUUAUUGAGUCUUUAAAGAGCAAGAAAAGAUGAAGGAGAUUCCAUUCCGUUUUGUGGGGUACAAAGUAUGGACAGAAUUGGCAAACAAGUUGGAUCCAGACACUGGACUCAUUGGGAAUAACUGGAGAAUGCUGGCAGAGAAACUAGGGUAUUCCACGGAAGUUAUACUGUGCCUGGAGUCUAAGAAGACCUCCCAUGGCCGUAACACACUGACUCUGUUUGAGGAGUAUAUCAAGAGUCGAGACUCCUCCGUGAACGCCGUGAUGAAAGCGCUGGAGAGCAUGGAACGCAAGGACGCACUGGAGGUUCUACAGAACUCCAUUCCUGAGAUUCAGAGGCGGUACGAUGCUGAGAUGAAGUUGAGCCUAAAGAUGGAGCCCCAGGAGCACUCGGAGUGCCCGCCUUGUUAUUCUUCCUAUACCAGGGAUUCCAUACCACAUUCUCACCACUCCAGCUUUGGCCAUUUUGGUGUACCUUAUCCCCACAUGAACCCCCAUAUGAAUAUUGUAGGACCUUCUCAUUCCAAUGCUUACAGCAAUCUGGAGCAUGACAUGCCCAAGAAAAUUAAUACCUCAACAGCUUUCUCAAAGCGUGUCACUAAAGGGGUUUUACGCAUGAGGGAUUACAAUCAUUCAGCAAAUCACACACAUAUGUCCACCAAUGUUCGUGGAGGAAGCAUGGCUGUUCAAGUGGACAGACGCGAUAAUUACACCAGCGACGAGAUCGAGAUGGGUGAGUUAUCGAGCCAUCUCCGAGAUGACCCGGCACCAAUGGCUGCCGUUCUUCUCCGGAAACAAUACAUGAACCCCCUGAAUCAUGUUCAAAGGAACAUGAUGAAUUCACAAGACAUGUCCGUUGCCAGUGAGGAAGUAGUGGGGACCAGUCCUGGCUUUCAAGAGCCUAUGGCUCCAAAGCAUGGCUCCCUGAAAAGACAGAACUCUGUGGAGUCCAAUGCAAGGCAGCCAAUGAAUGAAAUGCAGGCUAAGAAAUUGGAUUCAAACAAAAAGCUUGCACUGAACAUCCCUAUCUCAUACAACAGAACUGCCAUGCAGUCAAUGAAACCCCAAGAUGCCUUCAUUAGCCCAAGUCCCAGUCAGACCCCAACCUCUUCCUCUUCCCAGAAUCCAUUAGAAAAGCUCCAGCAGAUCACUGGCUCCAACUCUUACAUGCCGGACGAGAAGUACCAAAGCAUGAUAGAAGAGAAGAACCGCGAGGAGAUGCUGUACAAUGGGAACAGAUUUGGAUCGGAGGAGUUGUUUAAGAAAAGCCCAAUGUCCUCUUGUCAAUACGAGGCUGAGAUGAAGAAAGGGGUCAUGGGACAGCCAGGUGGAGAGUGGUUUAACUUUAAACCAGGCGUUAGGGGGCACCACCAGGUGGCCAACCAUCUAAGGCUGAUGAAGGACCAGGGCCCAAGAACCUUCCCCCUGAGGUCCAAGUCCCUAACCAUGUGUGAAGGGGGCGAGAGUGAUUCUCAGGACCACACCAAUCUGUCCAAGUCACAAUCCAUGCCUCAUGACAUGAAACCAGCCGAGUACAGGAAAGCAUUUCGGCACAUUAAGGUUUUUGUGACGUACUCUGCAGAAUCAAAGCGUCACAUACAGAAGGUGCUGAAUCUCUGCCGCUGUAUUGAGAAGAAUGGGUUUACUUGUUGUAUGGACAUGUAUGACCGCCGAAUGCCAACAGAAGACAAGUUAGGCUGGGUCAAGGAGAGGUUUGAUGAGGCUGACUUUAUUCUGAUCUGUGUGUCAGAGACGUACAUAAAUGAGACAGAGAGAGGUCAAUCAGAGGUCACUGAGUCGACCAGCGACAAACAGCUACACACCGACUACAUCUACCAGCUGAUGGUGAUGGAGUAUAAUCAGAUCGGACGGAACCGCCGCUUUAUCCCCGUCAUGCUGGACGGCACCACAGAGGAACAUAUCCCUUCCUGGUUACAGAACACUCUUGUCUACAAGUGGCCCCUACAUUUCCGUGACCUUCUGUGGUUCCUGACCAAACCGGAGACAAGGAUCAAAGCAAAGACUCUGACAGAGCAGAAGUCCUCGGAGGAGGAAGAGGAAAUGGUGCCCGAUUCACCCCCAGCUGCUGCAGCAACAUAAAGAGGAUUUUAUGUGUGCUGCUACAGCAACCUUGGAUAAUUUUCAUUGCUGGCUGCUAGCUGCUAGUUUCAUCGUGGGCUGUUGCAGCAACACUAGAAAAGUGUCACCGCUAUCUGCCUCAACAACAAAUCAGUGCUGGCUGCAGCGACAAUGUGAAAACAAAUACAUAUACAUGUUGCCUCUCAAGACUUGCUGAAUGCCAGCUAUUACAGCAACAUAGAGAAAAGCAAGGCUUCUUAAACUGGCUUAUAUUGAUGAUAAAAAAGAUUACGGGAUGAAAGAAAGCUUGUGAAAUUUCAAAUGGAAAAAGAAACACUAUAAUAUUUUAUAAGGUUGCUAUAAGGUUAUAUUUAUGUACAAAAGAAAAUGAAAUAGCUCUCCUUACUUUGGAUUUCAGCUCAAAAAAUGAGUAAUCUGACAUCGGGCCCCUGAUUGUUAUGGCGGCUGAUACACAGCCAUAUUUGUUUCUGAUGUCUCGUAGGUCAAGGUCACCUGUCUGUUGUUUGUUGUGUCCCUUUACUGUGUAUCUUGGUAAAUGAUCUCGGAUCUCUAUCAGGUUGACUAAGACUAGAAGUGAGCGACUGUUAUUGUGCCAUAGAAUCUUACUAAACAAUCAAAAUCAUGCACUUAGUGCUUUGUACAUAGGUUUGGCUUCACUGGUUCAGGUAGCAAGCAAUUCAUCUCCUAUUCUUCUUCUAGAGAUUUUGCAACAUUUAAAUGAAACGAGAUAUUGUAGUAAUUUGCUAUUAUAACAGAACUGUAAAGUUUUUAAUUGCCAUUUUUAACUUGCAAUAGAGUUACAGAACCGAUAUGUUUUUGAUAUUAAAGUUUGGUAAUGAAAUAAGCUUUGAUAAUAGGUGCUUUGAGACAUAUUUAAUUGAAUCAUUGUCAGCCUGUCUGCAUUCUCUCCCACUGCAAUCGUUUUGAUUCGUUUAUUAGAUAAGUAUAUUAUAUAGAGAACAUAUUAGAAUAUUAUCACCAUAUUUUGGUUUUACAGGGUUAAUUAAGAAAUGAACUCAAUGUCUACCCUAGUUAUACGAGUAUAACCUGGGUUAGGACAAUUAACGCUUUAUAAUCCGCUAAGCGGAUUAUAAAUAAGUGUAAAUUGCUCCAAUUCAGGUAUAACUUGGGUAGAUAUUGAGUUCAUUCCUUGUAAUUUAAUUUUCUGUACAAAUUAAUUCCGUUUCACUUUUAAAAAUGAUAUUAAUCUGUUAAAAAUUCAAAUGUAACGUCAAGCGGAUUAGUACGUUUUUGACGUUGGUACAUUGUGAUGUGUAAACCAGGUUAUACAAAUUUAACUAAAUUUUUCUAUCCAAUCAAAUGCCACGUUACAACCAGAAUUAAAUUAUUGAUUGGUAUUCUAGAGAUUCCUUUGUACUGGGAUGUUUGAAAAAUCAAAAGCUAAUUAAUGAGGAUUUAAACUAUGAGUUAAUUAUGUUACGGUCACAAAUAACUCAACAAAAUACAUCUGAGUAUAUGCUUAAGAUAUUGUAUUGAUCGAAGAAAUCUUGGGAGAAUGAUAUGAAAUAGUGUUUUUUAUCUUUAAUUGUUAAAUAGCACAUGUAGUAAGAUAAGACUGGAUAAAGCAUAUUAUUGUGAUAUCGGUUAUGUAGGUGUAAGCAUGUAUGGUGCGUUAAGAUUAUUUACGUGUUAAACAUUGUGUUUUUAUGUAUUUAUGAAGAUUUAUGUUAAUAGUGUAAUGAGCCAUCAUACAAGGGAGAAGUGCUUCAUACUAAUAUAUAUUGCAAAGACAUCAUGGUGGAUUUCUUUGAAGAGAACAAAGUUUAUAUUUAAGUUAUGGCGUGUAUUUCAUACAGAUGUUACUGGCAUGUUACGUGAUUUUUAUAAGCGAUGGCGUAAAACUAUUAAUGUGUUUAUGUUAGAUAGAUUUAUGUAUCUAUCAAGUCAUUUAUAUAUGUACUUGGAAUCAUUCUUGUUAUUUUAUCUUUUUAUUUUGAGAGGGGGUGGGUGGGGAUGAUCGGAUCUUUUAUUAUUGGAAGAAAACCAAGGAGUGUCACUGAUCUGCAUUAAAAUCUGUUUUGAUAUCACAAUGUUUAUAAAAUAUUGUUAUCCAAAGAAUGGUCUGACUUUAAGAAAUGUUGCUGUGUACUUAAGUACAUCAACAAAAUAUUGUAAAAAAAUCAUUUUAAUGCAGUAUAAUCAUCUUUUUCUUCUGUUUCAACUGUUUUCAUGUUAAUGACACAUUUUAAGCAUGUUUAUCAGUAUUUGUUUGAUUUCAUUCCAGUUUGCUGCAUAUUAUAUACUUUUUAAACAUAUUAUGUAUAUGAUUAAACGUGCAUUCCAUUUUUAUUAUUCUAGAUUCCAGAUUAUGGCAUCAUUUAUCAUUUUUAAGUAUAAAAAAAUUUUUACUCGGCAUUCCACCGAAAGCGGCGGGCAUUCCCUUGUUUUUGUGUUUGAUCAUUUUUCAUGCAUUCCAAUUUUUAAAAUCAAUUGUUUUAUUAGAAAUUCAUGUUAUUGAUUCAUUCAAAAUAUUUUUUUUCUGUUUUAAUUUUUGUCUUUUUUAUGUAAUUGUAACAUUUCACAUCACAGAACUUGUUUAAGUUCCUGAAUUUGGCCAUGCUUGAAGUGGAUGUUGCCUUGUCCUUUGGUUUGAUGGGCUUGUGCAAUAUAAGGAAGAUAUUCGGGAAAAAGAAAUAUGGUGAUAAAAUAAACAUGGAUGGAUGGAGGACUAGGAGAAUAUAAAAUUUAUAAGAUUUAUAGUAGCUUUGUGAAUGGAUUGAGCUAUAUUUUAUUGUACAACAAUCCAAAUCCAAAGACCUAGGCUUUACAUUAUCAUUUCUAUUAAGUCUGUGAUUUCUAAUGACUUUCAGAUGUUUGUCUCCAUAUUGUAAAUCUUAAAUGAUAGUGAUGUCACAGAGGGAGGAUGUACACUUGUAUUGCCAUGCCUUUACAUCCUUGCUGAAAUUGAUAUCACUGAGCAGGAAGGAUUAUUGCCCUGCCUUGUACAUCCUUGAUAACAUUGACAUUACUUCUGGUAGAAUAUAUUGCCCUGCAUAGUAUAUUCUUGCUGACAGUGAUAUCACUGUGAGGGUAUUUGCCCUGUCUUGUACACCCUUGCUAACAGUGACAUUACUUCAGGUAGAAUGUAUUGCCCUGCUUUGUACAUCCUUACAAACAGUAAUAUCACUGGAAGGAUAUUGCAUUGUCAGGGUUUGAUGGAGUUUGUCUUUAUGUCGUUUUACCCUGGAGUUGAUACAUCUGUUACAUUAUUUUUCUCAUGUUGGUCAUAAUGUGUAGAAUUCAAGCAUUCAUUACAUGGGUAUUUUUGGCUCCUUCUUUGAUUUUAUUCAUUGUUAUAUAUAAAAUAUAUGUAAUAAAAUUGUAUUUUAAUUCUAAAAA